AUGUCAGGACCCGCCAGCCCGGCCGCGCACCCAGAGCUAAGCCCCGCCCACGCCACCGCCCGUCCCGCCCCGCCCCACACACCACCCAUCUGCCCCGAGCCUCACCGCCCGGCCCCGCCCCCCGAGCCCAGCCCCGCCCAGUCCCCCCUCUCCGCCCCGCCCCCGCACCGCGCUCCAUCCCUCCCAGUUUCCCCGCCCCGCCUGCCCCGAGCCGCAGUCGCCCAGCUCCCCAGCUCGGCCCCGCCCACGCCAUCGCCUGCCCCACCCACCCUCUUGCCCCGCCCCUUCUGCCCCGAGCCGCUCCGCCCCCGCUCCGCCCCCGGAUUCCCCGCUCCACUUUGCUCCCCCGCUCCGCCCCGCCCCACAUCACCCAUCUGCUCCGCCCCGCCUGCCCCGAGCCGCGUAGCCCCGCCCCAUCCUCCACCCCCGCUCCGCCCCCGGGGCCCCGCCCCGCCCAGCUCCCCGGCCCCACCCCCGCUCCCGCGCCAAACGCUCACCACGCCCUGCUCCCCCGGCCCCUCCGCGGGCCGCAUCACCCUUCACCUCCGACUCCUGCCUGAGCUGCGCCCCAGGUCUGUCCGCACCCUGCACUAG